AGCACCAAUUAUGAUGAGAAUUACCACAUACUCGUUGGUGCAUACUACUUUGCCUGGUUGGUGGCUCUUAAUACUAUCCUCACCUUGGCAUUAGUUUACUAUUUGGCUCAGUUUUAAUAGUGAAGAAGAAAGAAAGAUCAAAAGUGAGUAAAAAGAUCGAGAUACAAGUCUCGGGUUAGAAAGACUUGGAAAAAUUGUUCCAUUUCCAAACUUUUUGGAAAUUGAUGAGGAGCUUCUGAGCAGAAUUUUUUAUUCAGAUCGAAGUAUCCUCACCAGUGUCCCAAUCUCAAUAAAUUACUGUCGUGGCUUAUUUAUAUAAAUAAUGAGUAUAUAACUACUACCUAUGCAGUAGUUUAAGAAAACCAUUUUUAAAGAUACGUUAAGAGAACUGUUCUUCCAGUAAAUACCUUUUUUAGUAUAAAAUGAAGAUGUUUUUGUGAAACAAGAAAACCACCUAAAACGAAGUGGUGUUCCAGCACACAAAAAUAUACGACGAAGCCAGCUUCGACUAUAUACGAUAAGAUAAUAUCCAUUUUCUUCGUGAUGGAGGAGGUGAUGAUAAUAUCACGAUGCCGCUCAUACUUUCUCCACUGUUGGCAAGGGUGAUUAACCCGAGUCCAGUUUCGGAGCUCUGAUGACUAAAAAUAAGAGAGCAGCCCCAGAAAUCCAUUUCAUCUCUCCCAAAAAUUACCAAAAUUACGUCGGAGGAAGAAGAAGAAGCUUUUUAACUUUUUCUAAAUCUUACUUUACUUUUAAAGAGUGUCGUUGUGUGGUGUGUAGUUGAAAGAAAGUAGGAGAGCAGAAAAAGUGUGGUGUGGAGCCGUGUGAAUCAAUCAAAUUCUUCUAUUCCUCUUCUGUUCUCGUCAAUGUUAUAACACAUAAAUUUGUGUGGUUUAAGACGAAAAAGACAUACAUAAUUUCCGAAAAGUUGCUCAAGAAAGGCGCACACCCCACACACGGCAACAGCACGAUUUUACGGGUGUCGGAUGUCCCAGGACAUGGACGCUGUUGGUCUUCUAAGAAGAAGCGGAGAAGAUCAUCAUUGCAAUACUUCAAAGAAUCAUGAGGACCGGACUGGUUCACAUCACUUAUCAUCAUCAUCAUCUACCUCCGUCGUUGAUCUAGAAGAAAAUAGCAACGCAAGCAGUGGAAGCAAUGAAGGCGAAUUCCCCCCUCCGACGACCACGCCCAUCAUCGGGGAGUCGGAUGGCGUUGGUCCUGCCGGAGUCGUUAUCGUCAUAUCGAAAACUAGUGCCAAAGAUCACCGAUCGUCCUUAGGCAUCAUGUCGGAUUCUAGUGACGGUGGGAGCACGACAACCACGACGGAUGAUAACCACCACCGACAUAAUGAUCAUCAUCACCAUCACCACUCUGGCUCAAGUCACCAUCGUCCUCGUGCCAACUAUUGUCAGUUUGAAACGCCUGCGGACGAGUCGAGGGGAACAUUCCCAGACGACUUUGACGAAGAGUUGUUCAUAAAUAUGAACACUGGUCAGUUCGUGGAAUCCCGAAACGCUCCCAGGCAGUUCGACGCGGACGAGGAGAUGGAGAUGGACUCGAAUAAUUCCAAUGUCAAUCACCACCACCACGGUCUUGACUUAGAUACUGCAGAUCAUUCCGAGUCUAGCGAUAACGAAGACAUGUUUGACAUGAACAGUAAAGUCGCCUUGGAACGGGUAACGACAACCACAGCAUUGGAUGCAGGAACAACUACGCCCACUUCGAGUCGCGUGGGUGGUCAUGUAACCUCCGUCAUAAGAAGACUUUCCUCUCCGAAAGAACUGACCGGUGCGAUGAUGAUGGCGUCGAAUAGUGAGGAGGAGGAGGAGGAGGAGGAGGAGGAGGAAGAUGUUCCGAUUAGGACAGGAAGUGUCGUGGGUGGUAACGACGACGACGACGAUGAUGAUGAUGAAAGCCAAAUAAGCCAAGAAGACGAACCCAUGAACCUAGAUCUCAACAACUGUACUGACCGCGACGACAACAAUGCACCAGCCCCCAUCAUCAUAACGACCAGAUGCCUGGUGGACGAGUCUUACAACCAAGAUGACGACGAAACUCCGGAGGAGGAUCCUGUCGUGGAAGAGCCGACGACAUCUUUCCCAAGUUCUAUUCGCAAAAGAAAGUGUGAAAUUGAAGAGCUCCUGCCAUCCAAGAAAGCCGUGACGGAAAACGAUAAUACAAUUUCUGGAAUAACGCCUGAUCGGGAGUUUAACGAGUUUGAUGAAGAUCUUCAUGAUGACGACGGGUCAUUGACAUCUAGUCCAUCACUCCUGUCGGACACGAGCCCUGUUCUGGCUGAAUGGUUGAACGUGUUUGGUAGUUGGAAUCCAGUUGAACGGCUGAACGCGAUUAAUCACCUCAUUAUGUCAUCCACAUCGUCUGAAGUUCGGCACAUGAUGAGAGUUAUUGAACCCCAGUUCCAGAGGGAUUUCAUUUCCUUACUUCCGAAGGAGCUGGCAUUGUAUGUUCUGAGCUUUGUCGAACCCAAGGACUUGCUCCAAGCGGCGCAAACUUGCCGAUAUUGGCGAAUCUUAUGUGAUGAUAGUCUACUCUGGAAAGAAAAGUGUCGAGAAGCUGGAAUUGGACCCUUCAGUGCAAUGGCACAGCGAAUACACAGCCGUCGUGGUCGCGGAGGAGCUCAAAAUCUCGUCAUGCUGGGGACAAGUCGCUUGUGUCCAGGGGCAAGUGAUAGCAAUUGUAUUUCGAGUUGUGAGCCCUGGAAAUCUGCCUACCUACGACAGCAUAAUGUCGAAAUGAACUGGAGAUUCCAACCUAUUAAACCUCAGAGAACCUUGAAAGGUCACGACGACCAUGUGAUAACUUGCCUCCAAUUCUCAUCUAACAGAGUUGUGUCUGGAUCCGAUGAUAACACACUCAAAGUGUGGUCUGCAACGACUGGAAAGUGUCUUCGAACGCUUGUUGGACAUACUGGAGGGGUUUGGUCCUCUCAAAUGUCUGGUACAACGAUUAUUUCAGGGUCGACUGAUCGUACAUUAAGAGUUUGGAAUGCGGAUACUGGAGCCUGCUUACAUACGCUUUAUGGUCACACUUCCACCGUUCGUUGUAUGCACUUGUUUGAACGAAAGGUGGUGAGUGGCUCUCGAGACGCAACCCUUCGUGUUUGGAAUGUUGACAGUGGGGAGUGUCUUCACGUCUUGGUUGGUCAUAUGGCGGCUGUGCGUUGUGUUCAAUAUAACGGGAAGAUCGUUGUAUCGGGAGCGUAUGAUUUCAUGGUUCGAGUCUGGGAUGUCGAAAGAGAAGAAUGUCUGCAUCAGUUGAGCGGUCACACUAACCGAGUUUAUUCGUUACAAUUUGAUGGUAUACAUGUUGUCAGUGGUUCGUUGGACACAAGCAUUAGAGUUUGGGACGUCCAAACUGGAACUUGCCGACAUACUCUAAUGGGACAUCAAAGCUUGACAUCGGGCAUGGAGUUGAGAGAUAAUUUGUUGGUUUCCGGAAAUGCAGAUUCCACUGUUAAAAUUUGGGAUAUUACUACUGGCCAGUGCCUUUUAACCCUAUCGGGUUCAAAUAAACAUCUUAGUGCAGUUACCUGCCUCCAGUUAAUUAAUAAAUUUGUAAUUACGUCUUCCGAUGAUGGAACGGUGAAACUCUGGGAUAUUGCGACUGGAGAGUUUGUUCGAAACUUAGUAAGGCUGAGUAGCGGUGGAAGCGGGGGUGUGGUUUGGAGGAUUCGAGCAUCUGAAACGAAAUUAGUUUGCGCUGUCGGUAGUCGUAACGGUACUGAGGAAACCAAACUGCUGGUUUUGGAUUUUGAUGUAGACUCACCAAAGUAUGAUGAUGGAAUGAAGGAUGCUUCCACCUGCACGUCAAACAGCCCCUUAAAACCUGAACACUUGGCAUCCAGCCUUAUUUGUUGAUUUUACAUCAAAACAAUAGAUAUCUUGUUCCUUACAGUUCCUGUUUAUUUACAUUCGGUAUAAGGGCUCAUCCAUAUAUUACGUCAUCAUUUUCAACAUGGGAGGAUAAGGAAAAUUUCCUAUCCUCCCGCGUUGAAAAUGAUGACGUAAUAUAUGGACAAUCUCUAAUGAUUAUUAAUUUAUAUUAAUUAGAGUUUAUUAAUUCGAUUUAUUCAGAUGAGUUCAAAUGUUAUGUUGCACUGUGUUAAAAUUUUUCUAAUUUUCAAAAUUGUCAAGUUACUAUUUUAAAUAGUGUAAGCACCGAAAUUGUAAAAGAAGGAGGAGGAGGAGGAGGAUAAUUAUUCAGUAGUUUGGCUUUUUGUCGUCGUACAGUAGGGUUUGAGGUUAUAUUAAGAAUUGUUGGUUGAAGCUAUCUCCUGGUUAUAUUAUUACGCUUAUACACAAUCCAAUCGAGUGGAAUGGGUACUUGUGAUAGGUUGCCUUGCCCAUUGUCAUCAUCAAAAGUUUAUAAAGUAAGGUGUCCUCAUUAUGUACCCUGUAAUGCAAACCUACCUGUGGGUGUACUAUAUGUAAGAGAACCGAGCUUCACAUUCAGGAUUGUUUUGAGAUGAUAGCGUUUCAUACUGUUUGAGUAAGUAAUAAUAAUUUCUUGCAUCCAAAAAUCAUACUCAUUGUACUGCAUCAUUUUGAAUUAGUUGCGAAGUUUCCGAAUCUCUCGCAUCAUUCAUUUUCUCUUAAUAUAAUACAGUUUGGUAAUCUGCAUCAGAAUUAAAUAAGAAGAGGCAAACUAUUAAGUUGCAGUGUGAUGUAACCCACAUCACUAAAAAGCAAAUUUUGUCAGGGUUCCAUUAAAUGAUAAUGAUAUUCGCUACGUUCAAAUAGAGAGAGAAAGAUGUAGCAAAGUAAAACUAUAAUUAUACUACUUAACUACAUAAAUAUAAUAGUACCCAACCCACCUUAAAAAACAACAGCUCCAAUUAAGAAAAAGUCGACUCGAACUCGAGUAUAAGGUCCCCCGCCGCUGUUCAAUAAUAUGCAUAUUAUUAUGCUACAGAAACGCAAUUAAAAAACGAAGUAAGUACUAUAAACAAAAAAAAUGAGAGAGUAGAGGACUGGCAUUUACUGACAUUUUAUUAAAAGGCUGAUCGGAAACUUUUCUGUGUAGUUGUUGUAGGGACAAUAUAGUGUUCAUCAUUCAUCAUCGUCGUCGUCGUCAAUUAUUGUGUGUGUCGUCUAUCGUCAUCAUUGCAUUUUAUUGUGAUUGGAUUCCUAUAAAUGCCUAAAAUACUAAAUCUCAUGCAAGCUGUGUAGCAAAAGUUAAAAUAAGUGGCUGACAGGCAAAUAUCAUAAGGGUUCUCUGGUGAUGAAGGAAUACAAAAAUCACGCAAGUCUUUAAAGUGACACAAAUUUACCACACAAUAAAAGAAUAUACGAAUAUGCAGGUAAAAAAUAAUCCAUUGUGUUGUCUUGUCGGACGAGUAAAAAAAUGAUUGAGGCUGGUUUGUAAAAAAUAAGAGUAAGAAAUCGUUGUUUUACUGUCAAACUCAGGAAGCGCAGUCCCAUUCUCUAAAGUUCAAAAUUCUUUAUUUAAAGUGAUAUCACGUUCUGUGACUAUGCAGCUACUGUUUCAUAAAUUAUCCGCUGUUUGCGCAUAAAGGGAUACAACAAGUUAUAAAUCUAUCAAGGCGAUAGCCAGGGAGGUAAUUAUAUGUAUGUACAUGUGUAGGUGAGAGUAAUAAGCAGACACACAAUGACUACUAUAAAUUGUCUACUACUUGUUUAUGCAAUUGUUGUAUUUAAAAGAUACCAAAAAACUACCACAAAAAACUAUCUGUCACAGAAGUUGUUAAUAAGUGGAUACAUAAUAAGCAAAACAUAAUAAGUAAGAAUAUCUGAAUUCCUGAACGCAAUAUUUCUCCUGAAACAGCGAAUAAGAGUAAAUAGACUGAGAAUGCCAAUAAAAAUAAUAUGAUGAUAAUGAAUAUAAUAAUGUUUCGGAUAAUUGAUAGCUAUUAAUUGGAUACUAAUACAGACAAUUACAGAUUAGUUAUUACUAAGAUUAGUUCGUCGGGAUAAUUAAUGACAACCAAAAAACCAACUUGAUUGCGUUUAAGGUGAUACUUUCUCUUAAUUUUAUUUUGCUGCGUGCAUUAAGAAGGCUCCUUAAUUCUAUACUUUAUGCAAUUAUAUAUUCUGUGGUUGCUGUCGCCCCCAUCAUUCGCAAGGAGAAAGGCAUCAUAAUAAUAAUAAAAAUACUGUGGUCGUGUAAUAAUGGUCAGUUAAUUAGUUAAUUAAUUAGGCCAUGAUUCAUUUUUAAGAGUAGAAUUAUCACAUUUUUUGCCUUUUCUUAACUCUUCCGUUGACAAAUAUCAAUAGACGAUGAAAAUAAAUAAUAAAUAAAUACAGUUUUCGUCACAUUGGGUGCGUUGAUUCCAUAUUACGGUCUAAAAAUAUUAUAUAAUCUCAAGUUUAAAGCCAGUUUUUUUCAAGUUACUAUUAUUACUACUACAUAUUACUGAUAACGUACAUACGAAUAUUAUUAUUUUAUCUAAACCUCAAGUUUUCCUGUGCUAAUAAAAAAAACUUUAUGUUAAUCAA